CGAGAGGAAACACCGUCACGUGGCCGGGCGGUGAAGGCCGCGUCUGAGCAACGGGCCAAGCCGAAGUGGAGGCGAGAGCGAAGCUGUGGGCUGGAGGCCUUCUCCGCCGGCCAGGCGGGGAUGUGGGCGGCUAGGCCCCGCGCCCAGGGCUCUGGGCCUGCUCUCCAUGCGCUCCCCUCUCCCAGCGACCACGGUGAUAAAAAAGCGGCUGGAUUAUUUCUUACCAUACAUAUUCCACAGUGGUGCAUCUUUUGAUUGAAAGUUAAGGAUCUGUCUCCAGACUGCAUCUACAGUUCAUUUGGUGUGGUCCUCUGAAUGGCUAUUGGAUAGGGAUGUAUAGCCUCAUGGCCAAUUGCUGCAACUGGCUAAAGCGGUGGCGAGAACCUAUUAGGAAGGUGACAUUAAUCAUGGUAGGCCUUGAUAAUGCUGGGAAAACUGCAACAGUAAAAGGAAUUCAAGGAGAAUCUCCUGAAGAUGUGGCUCCAACAGUUGGCUUUUCCAAAAUUGACCUUAAGCAAGGUCGAUUUGAAGUCACAAUAUUUGAUCUUGGAGGAGGAAAACGAAUCCGGGGCAUCUGGAAGAAUUACUAUGCUGAAUCCUAUGGAAUAAUAUUUGUCGUGGAUUCCAGUGAUGUGGAGAGAAUGGAAGAGACAAAGGAGACAAUGUCAGAACUUCUAAGGCAUCCCAAAAUAUCAGGCAAACCUGUCUUAGUGUUAGCUAACAAGCAGGACAAAGAAGGUGCCUUGGCAGAAGCAGAUGUAAUUGAGUGUUUAUCUCUUGAAAAACUUGUCAACGAACACAAAUGCCUCUGUCAGAUCGAGCCUUGCUCAGCUAUCAUAGGUUAUGGGAAAAAAAUCGACAAGUCUAUCAAGAAGGGUUUACUUUGGCUGUUACAUAUUAUAGCUAAAGAUUUUGAUGCCUUACAUGAACGAAUUCAGAAAGACACCACAGAGCAAAAAGCAGCUGAAGAACAAGAGAAACGUGAACGGGCAGAACGAGUGAGGAAGAUACGGGAAGAAAGAGAAAGAAAAGAGAGAGAAGAAGCUGAACGUGAAGGAAGGACCAUUUCGGAUGAAGUAGAUGCUGAGCUAGUAAUUGGCAACCCAUUCCAACCUAUAUCAACUGUAAUUGCUGAGAAUGAAAAGAAAAUUGAAAAGGAAAAGAAAAGGCAGCGAGAAGAGAAUGAAAAGGAAGCCCUGGUUUUGAAACCAAAAACAGACCAAGAAAAAAUGGACACUCAAAGCUUGAUUAGCCAACAAUCGAAUGACUGCAAACUAGUAGAAAAAUAUAAAUGUGCACUUUCCCAACGGUUGGACCAUGAAGAUGAGAAUGACCUGCAGGUGUCAGAGAGUCUUGACUCUGGUGAUAAUGCCAUCUUAAAUCCAGGAACAGAGAACAGUAAAAAGAAAGCAAAGAAACUCAAAUUGAAAAGGAGUCACCGAGUUGAGCCAGUCAGUACAGAAGAUGCCAUAUCCCCACAGCCAACACCAGUAACUCCUCUUGCACCAGUUGGAUGGGAAACUCCCAAAGUUAACAGAAUUCGAAAACUUGAACCUCUUGGUGAAACGCGUCAUAAUGAUUUCUAUGGGAAGCCAUUGCCUCCGCUGACUUUACGGCAAAGACCAAACAGCGAAACCCAUGAUGUCAUUUCUUAACACAGAAUUAAUUGUGGGAGUUUUAAAGGAGCAUGAAGACCUGUAUUUGGCACUGUUUGCUUCCUUGGGGAGGCACUUGUUACAGUCACUGGUCAAGGACGUGCAAGAUUUCCUUUGGAUCUGUGCCGUGAGGAUUGCUUCCAUGAACUUAAUUUUCCUAGUUCCUGCAAGGUUCAUGUGGAACAAGAAAACUCGUGUAAGCGUACCUCUUGGGAAAUAAGAGCAAAGCUUCUCACUUGGUUUCCUUAAUUUAAAUGAAACGUAUAAUCCUGAACAGUAACACUUUCAAGUGGAACUUGACUGUGCACACGUAAGGACUCUUUUGCAGUUAGUCUUAGUAUGUUUCUAUAUUCAAUAUAUUUUGUUUUCCAAUAUGCAUGCUUAAAAGGGAAAAAGUAUGAACUGUACAUUUUACUUAUUUUUAUAUUUUUCUAGUACUUUGCUUGUUUUUAACAGUACAAUUUGUUAACAGAACUAUUUUGAAAUACUGAUAUUCACAGCAGGGCAUACUUGGAAAUGUCGUGUUUUUGCAACAGCAAUACAAUUCACAUGUGAUUUGUUGUCUAGCUGUUAAUAUGUUGUUGUUUUGUCUUGCCCUGAUCCACUGGCAAGAAAUAUGUACACAAAUGGCUGCUGUAGUUAUUUCCCCAGGCAGGAUUUUUUUCCCAAGAGCUAGCUCUGUGCAUAGGAAACUACAGGUAGAGACUCUGGAACAGUACUAAUUAUGAGAGAGAAAUAUUCAACCCUUUCCUAUAAAGUUGCUGCUGAUCUCCAUGAACUUUGCGGUUUUUGUGCACAGGCUCAGUUCCUAGAAUCAACUUUUCAGCUUGGUGGAAUACCCACAUACCCAUUUGCAUUCCCUCCUUUUAGUUUGGGGUUUUAUGAUCGCAAGUGAUAAAUGGAAUAAUAUUUGAAAUUACUGUGAUUCUUUUCAAGUUUCAAGUUAUUUGAUUACCUUAUAUAAUCAAAUAAGUUUCUAUUCCAUGAAACUCUUCAGUAAAAAUUGAAAGCGGUUUAAACAUAAUUUAUCAGGAAUUCACCUCUUUUCUGUUUAAAUCUUUCCAUAUAACACUAAAAUUCGCUUUGCAUACUUUUUUUUUUUGCAUGUAAUGUACACAGAACUGUUUUAUAAUUAAAGGCUUUCCAGUACAUGCAAACAUCAGGCAGCUGUGAAUGUGCUUGCCAAGUGUGAAUGCAAAGCAGCCCUAGCAUUAAAGCGAACACAAAACCCUCUGCUCAUGCUGGAGUAAUAAGUGUACAUUAGAGCCAUGUGGUAAUGGUUAUGUUUGGGCAAUGUAUUGUUAAGCUCCCUUGUUCUUCUGUGCUGUGUAUGUUUCAGUUUCAUUUGAAGAUAAUAACUUCUACACUGUGAAUAAAACUGACGCAAUUGGAGUCUCA